AUGGGUACCAAAGGAAAUGCCAAACCGGCUCGCAGGCCGCGGAAGGUGAAAGAUGAAGAGGAUGGUGAAAUAUCCGAAGCCGAGUCCCAACACUCUCUGCAAUCCGCAGCCAUGUCCGAGUCCGACUCCGAGGCGGGAGAUGCCAGUGAUGAAGAAGACGGCGCCAUCUUUCCUUAUGACAAGCUAUACUACUCUGCGAAGGAGAAGCAGGAGAUCUCGGCGAUGCCCGAGAUCCAGCGCGAGGAGUUGCUCUCCGAGCGUGCCCAGCAAGUUGAUCGCCACAAUCAGGAUCUGGCCUUGCGUCGCCUCCUAGCCUCGCGAGAGCGUGACGAACAGCGUAAAGCUAAGCGCAAGGCCGGCUCUGCCGGCUUGGACGAGAACCAGCGGAAGAGCUCCCGACAGAAGACGACUCUGGGCGGCCGUAAAGUGGGAGAAACCUCUGCUGCUAUCGACGCCUAUAAGCGCCAACGUGAACAGAAGGGCAAGCGAGAUGAAUUGCGCCGCCGCGAUACCCCUCAAUCUCACCGCCGAUCUCGUUCUGUUGGCUCUGACAUGUCUGACGAGGAUGCUGAGGCCGAAAGCGACCUCGAAUUGGAUAAUCGCCGUUCACCCUCCAUCCCCAAAGAUGACCCCCCUGCUGAACUUCGUGAUCUUCAGCGUGCUCGUGUUGGACGAAGCAACUUUGCUCAGGUCUGCUUCUAUCCCGGGUUCGAAGAUGCUAUCAUCGGCUGCUACGCUCGUGUCAACAUUGGACCUAAUGCGGAAACUGGCAUGAAUGAGUACCGCAUCUGCUUGAUCACAGGCUUCACCACGGGAAAGCCGUACGCUUUGGAGGCUACGAAUGGUCGGCCUUUUGUUACUGACCAGUAUGCCAAGAUGGCACAUGGCAAGGCCAUCCGCGAGUUCCCUUUCAUCGCCUGUUCCGACUCUGCGUUCACAGAGACUGAGUACAAUCGCUACCGAAAGACACUAGCUGUUGAGGAUGGCAAAAUGGCCACUCAGGCAAAACUGGCCUCCAAGGUCGCAGACAUCAAUCGGCUGAUCAAUCACCACUUCACAGCCGCUGAACUGAACGAGAAGUUGCGCAAGCAGGGUGCCUUUGACUCCAAGAAGGACGUUCUUCGCCGGGUUGACCUGGAGCGUGACCUCAAGAAUGCCAAGGCAAAUGGCGAUGAAGACGAAGUCGAGAAGCUGCAGAAGGAACUGGACAAGAUCCUUAACCCCAACCUCUCCUGGGGUACAACACUUAUUAAGCCAGCAGCCGACAAGACGCUCUCGGAGGCAGAGCGUGUCCACCUGAUCAAUCUCCGCAACCAGAAACUCAACCACGAGAAUGUUCGUCGUGCUCAAAUUGAGGAGCGCAAGGCCGCUCGCAAGGCUGCCGCCGCAGUUGCCCGUGGCGAGGCUUCUACCGAUCCUUUCAUGCGUGUUCGAACCAUCGCCAAGACUCACCACGAUCUCUCCGACAAGCAAAAGGAAGAGAUCGUGCCUGCUGAUGGCAGUCCUGCCGAUACCCCCAAGGAAGCCUCCAAGGCUAGCACUCCGUCGGUGGUGACUCCCAACUCCGGUCUGACCCCGAAGAAGCCCAAGAGCGGGUUUAUGAUCAGCUACCGCAAGAACGACGACGAGGCCAUCGGAGAUAUGGACCUAGGCAUUGACAUCGACAUUUAG